UCCUCAUAAAUCAUCUUUCUUUCUAUCAAAAUCUCUCUCUCUCUCUUUCUCUCUGUGUGUCUGUGUUUGUGUGAGGAGAUUGUUGGCAUUCUGGGAAGACAGAAGAAGGGGAAAAGGAGCAAAAGAAAAUUUCUGAAGGUAUUGUACGAUAUAUUUGCAGUUGGAUUGACAUUGUCUUUCUAUGGAAUAUGGAGUUGUAGACAGCAGCGGUACUGAUGAUGAUAAUCCCCAACCACUAUAUAAUAGAAUCCCAGUAGGAAGUCGCGUCGCAGGGAACGGAAGAUCAUUUGUAGCCUCAGCCCCGUAUCAGAAGAUGCAGACUGAUAUUGAAUCUGAAAUCCACAAUCUGGAGCAAAUAGCUUAUGGAGCAGUUCUUCGAGCUUUCAAAGCUCAAUCUGAUGCACUUACAUGGGAGAAAGAAGGUCUAAUAACAGAACUAAGGAAGGAACUAAGGGUGUCAGAUGAUGAGCACCGUGAGCUACUCACUGAGGUCAAUGCUGAUGACCUCAUUCGCAGGAUUAGGGAGUGGAGAGAGGCAGGUGGAAACCGGAAUGUAGCACCCAGUGUUCCCCAGCAUGUUAACAAUCAGUUACCAAGUCCAACAGUUUCAGCAUCUCGUAAAAGGCAGAAGACAUCCAUGUCAGGAAAUCCAUUCGGCUCUGCAUCUCAAUCUCUACACCCCCCGUCCGUGGCUGGUACCGCACAGACAUUAUCUUCAGCUGGGAAAUGGGUCCCUACUUCAGGGAUUGGUGGCCGAAGGCCUAAUGCCGGUCAGCCAGCAUUCACCCCAUCAAAACCCAUGCAAUAUCAGUUUACUGAUCAUGUUUCUUCUGGGGCUCCAAUGGAUGACCCUUCUGAAAGCUUGCGCGACCCGUUAAUUGGUAGGAGAGUGAUGAUAAGAUGGCCUGCAGACAAUAACUUCUAUGAGGCUGUCAUAAAUGAAUACAAUCCUGUAGAUGGCCGCCAUUCUUUGGUUUAUGAUAGCAAUACGCCGAAUGCGACCGUGGAAUGGGUUAACAUCAAAGAGGUUCCCCCAGAGGAUAUCCGGUGGGUGGGUGAUGAACCUGUUAUAUCUCGACUAGGUGAGGCAGGUGCACCUAACCUUGGAAGAGGGAGAGCAUCCUCAAUGAAUCAAUUUGCUAAUGAAAUUCGGCCUUCACGAAACGGGGUUACGAAGGAUGAUUAUGAGGAAAUUGAAAUAUUGCACACUGACACAUUAAUUAAGAAGGUGGAGAAGGUGCUUGAUGCAAGUAAUCCUGAUAUCUUAGAGAUUGACAAGGCUAAAAAAAUGCUUAAGGAACAUGAACAAACAUUGAUUGAAGUCAUUCAGAAACUUGCUGAUGCCUGUGAUAGUGUUUUGAUUUUUGCAUCAGAUGAUGAGCGUCCAUCCGCACCUGGACAUUCAACAGGCACACAACAUAAUGUUGACCAUCGUGGCCCAAGCCAUGAGCCUGAGAUUACUGGAAGGGCCAGUAGUUAUGAAUUGGCAAGAGGUUGAGGCGCUGCAGACUUCAAGCAAGAUGUUACCAUUGUCUAUAGCUUAAAUUCCCCCCUCCCCUUUCCCCGUAGAUACAGAUUCCUAACUGUAGUUUAAUGGAGUUAAUAACAUAGAUGUUUCCUGUAUACUACACAUUAAGAAUCAUGUGCGUCUACAUUUUACCUUCUGUGUGAUUCAGAAGUAACUGUAAUUUUAGGUUGCAUUCUUCCUGAUGUCGCUUCUCAGGCUGUAUUCCAAUUUAUUGUUUAA